AAAAUGUCCUAUAACAUGGGAACACACUAUCGCUAACCAUUUCGAUACGUUAACGUUGUUGAGUAACAUGUUUCUUAUAUAUGACCUUAUGUAGAUUUUGAACGGGUCACUGAAAUGAUAUCUUUAAUUGUUGUUUUGAGUACACGCCAUGUUUAAUACCUUACAUUGUGAUGUACAUGUGAAAACAUACAACUAAGGGGCGCGAGAUGCCAAGGGAAUGGAGCUUUGGUUGGAAACUCAUCUCUCUGGAUGGUUGAGUGGCCAUGGGUCUAAAAAAAAUCCUUGGUGUAACGAAGCAAAGACACGCAUGAAGAUGUGCCCCAUUGCUGAGACAUGGGUUGUAUGUUUUGUGUCAGAUAAUUGUCCAGCCCUACGCCAACAAAGGAUACAGGGAUAAUUUUCUGGGCAGGCCCCGCAGCAUCGUUACCAUAACAAGGCAGGUAAACUGAUCGGACAGGUCCGAGGCACGCCUUCCGUCAGUGGGACCUGCUGCUUGUGGAAGUUUUAGGAACACCUGCCGAGACUUUGCCGCGUUUGCUUCUGGAGAAAACACAUGUUUUUAACCUACACUCAUCUUCUAAAUUCAAAUCUUCAAGAGGACGAAUUCCGCGGAUUUGGAGACACAGGUUGACUGAAUACGUUUGGAUCGGCGAAGCUAUCAUUUCGACAAGACACUGGGUGAUGACGGGUGCCCCUUGGUAGCACUUUGUACACAGGUAAUCGUCCUUUUUUCUACCGAGGCAGGUAAUAGUACCUUUACGCGCUGAGGGGAAACCAAACACCAAGGCAAUUGUUUGGAGCACCCGGUAUCGUUUACAUUGCCAGUUCACUGGCGAUCGGCAGUGGGGGUGUUUGUAGAGUGCGUCUCACAUCGCCUGACAAGUGACGUCUUCACCACAACAUGGUUGUCUUGAGCUGCUAGCGCGACAACACACGAGCACAACAGCCAGCUACAUGACCCCUACUCACGGCACUGAAUUCUUCUGAAGAUGUGGUCCUAGAUAGGAAAACCCACCAAAAUGGCGCCUAAAAAUCAUCCCCACCGAAAGAGGGCGUCGGGGAAGAACCUGUUCCUGCACGCGGACGCCCGGUUGACGGACAGAGAGAGACGGUUCCUUGACGCUGCGGAGUACGGCGACACCCCCACCAUCAGACGGGAGCUACAAGACAAGGGGGACGACCUCAACAUCAACCGUACGGACUACAUGGGGCGGUCGGCGCUAACCUUAGCCGUCGGGAACGAACACUACGAAGUGGUAGAGUGUCUGCUGGAAGACCCUACGCUAGACUCGUCCAGAAUUAACGAACCUCUUCUGAUUGCCAUAAGCAAGGGACACGAGAGAAUAGCGGAGGCCAUACUAAGCCAUAGGGUGUAUACAGAAUGGAAGGCCUCCAAGGCGGAAACUAUCGAAGACAUAACAUUUCCCACCAAAAUAGACAACGACGACAUGUCCCCAUUUCCGCCGGAAAUGACGCCAAUUAUCAUGGCUUGUCAGAAGAACGAAGUGGACAUCAUCUAUCGUUUGGUUCACGAGAAGGGGGAGCACGUGGUCAGACCACACGACUAUUUCUGCCCGUGUAACGUUUGUGAGAACAGGAGAAAGGCCGACGCCUUCAGGUUUUCAAGAUGGAGGCUGAUGAUGUACAGAGCUCUGGCCAGUCCGGCGUACAUCUCACUCUCCUCCAGCGAUCCCAUCCGGUCUGCUUUCGAGAUUGGAGGAGAGACUAGAAAGCUAGCAGAGAUUGAGAAAGAACUGAAGAAUGAGUAUACCACGUUGUUUAAGCAGUGUGAGCAAUAUGCCGUGGAUCUUCUGGAUCAGUGUCGAACUCUAGACGAAAUCAAUACCGUUCUGAACGAGCCCUGGGAGGAUAAGAAACCGGGGGAUCAGGAGGAGGUAGAAGCCGACACGGAGGAACUUGACGACGACAUGUUGUUGUUACCUCGGAUCAAACUUGCCAUUCGCUACGAACAGAAAAGGUUUGUGUCCCACCCGAACUGCCAGCAGCCCCUGUACGACCUGUGGUACACCUCGGCUCCCACCUCCAGACCAACCUUCUUCCUAAAACUCUUCAUGUUCCUGUUCGUCACCGCCAUGUUACCUCUCCUGAUGCUGGCCUACUGGCUCGCCCCGAACAGUAAGAUCGCCAACUUCAUGAAGCGCCCCCUGAUGAAGUUCUCCUUGUUUGCAGCGUCUUACUUCAUCUUCCUGGCGCUGCUGGUCGUUCAGUCGGCAGGAGUUGGCCAAAUCGCUGGUGCGAACGUUACAGUCCACCCUUCUGUAGUCUCCCAGUACGGCCUGCCUUCCUCCGUCGUGCUGCGGCCGGACAUAUCCAGUUGGCUGGAGAUCACCCUGAUGUGUUUUGUGGCAGGGUUUGUCCUGAUGAAGUGCAGACUGAUGUGGUUCCUCGGCUGGACCACUUUCUUCCGCGAGAAGUGGAACGUGUACGACACCGUCAUGUCAGUCCUCCUGGUCACGUGUUACGCCCUCGACGUCGCCACGCACUUAAAAACACACGAGGCGAAAGCGUUCUUUAACGUGACCGGAGCUGACAGCACUGCUAUUGUCCAAGGAGAUGUCAGCGCGGCUAUAGUGUCAGGUCACUACCGGUACAUAGACGCAGACCGUCGAAUCUGGUUGGGAGAGGACCCCAAGUUGGUGUCAGAGUGCAUGUUCGCUAUCGGCUGUACCAUGGCCUUCUGUAGGGUCUUCAUCAACUUCCCCAUCAGCGAGGAGCUGGGGCCGCUACAGAUAUCCCUGGGCCGCAUGAUGGGGGACAUCAUUAGAUUCAUCAUCAUCUUCGUCGUCAUCUUCAUUGCGUUCUGGAUGGGCCUGUUCAACCUGUACAACUACUACACGCUGGAAGGGAGACCCGUGGAGAGCUUUGGUUUCAUUGACUGGUACCAGGCCUUCAGGACGCUGUUCUGGUCACUUUUCGGGAUGGUUGAGCUAGACUCGGACCCUACCAUUGUGCCGGGGGUGACGCACGAGCUGGUGGAGAGGGUGGGCUGGUUCCUGUUCGGGCUGUACAACGUCGCCUCCAUCAUCGUACUGCUCAACAUGCUCAUCGCCAUGAUGAAUAAGUCCUACGAACACAUCACGGCGGACUCAGAUGUGGAGUGGAAGUUCUCCCGUGCUAAGCUCUACAUGCUGUACUUUGGCAAAGGGAUCUCCGUAGCACCCUUCCCGUUCAACCUCGUCCCUACGCCGUCCGGAGUGUACAAAGGAUUUAAGUGGCUGAGGGAGAAAUGUAAGAGACGCAGGAACCCCUCCAGUGUGGACGUACGGGUCAACACGAACAGCGAGCCGCCUUCAAUUAACGGCACAAUCAUCCCCAUCAAGGCCCUGGUCAGAUGGGCUAACUAUGACAGUACAGGUGAAAAGCGGCACCAAGCGCAGAUGAACAAUGUUUUCACGAGAUCAAGGGCAAGGGAAUCCAAGUACACGACCGUCAUGAGAAGACUGGUGACCAGGUAUAUCUUUAAGUUGCAGAAGGACAAGGAGAACGACGAAAUCAACGAAGGUGAAUUAGAGGAAAUAAAGCAGGACAUCUCCAGCCUGAGAUUCGAUCUCCUGGACCAGUACCAGCCGGCUUCCCGCCCGAGCACCUCCACCAACAGUUCUCCCGCGGCAAAAACGUCCGGAGCCUCCGACGCCGCGGUCAUCGCGCAGCUGCUAAGGAAGGACCUGGCUAAAACCGUGCGGACACAAGUCACAGAGGUGCUGCAGGCACAGAAAACAGGCAAACCUCCGGACCCAAACGACGGCAAGAAGUCGCGAGAAAGCACACAUGGCUCAGAUAUCGCUGUCGUUGUAUAAUACAUUGUAUGAUGGUACGUAGAAGUCAUUAUUGAACUAGUUUAACUGUAAUAUCCUACACAAAAACUGGACUCACCCAAAUUUUCGACUGAACA